AAUGAUUGCCGAAAGCACAGAUGCAAAGUUCAGGCAGGCUCUAAAGCGUGUGUACAGUAAAUCCUCCACACUGCAGAUUCAGCCAUGAGCUCUAACACACUCCUCCGCUCAGUCCGGGCGCUUCUGAGAUGCACAAGCCGCUCUCCGGCCUCCCCCGUGGGCAGCCCAGCCCGCCGCUUCCUCAGAGCGACCCCAGUCAGGCUUUACUACAACCGAACCGGAGCGGGAGCCGCAGACACUGGCGGGUCAGUGCCGGUGCUCACGGUGGACCUCCGCAGCGACACGGUCACCAAACCCGGUCCCGCGAUGCGACGAGCCAUGGCCGAAGCGGAGGUGGGGGACGAUGUGUUUGGAGAAGACCCCACGGUUAAUGAACUGCAGAAGAUGGCAACUGACAUUUUUGGCAUGGAGGCAGCUUUGUUCAUGCCCUCAGGGACCAUGAGCAAUCUGAUUUCAGUUAUGGUGCACUGCAGGGAAAGAGGGGAUGAAAUGAUAUUAGGUGAUCUGUCUCACCUGCACAUAUAUGAGCAGGGAGGAAGUGCACAGCUUGCCGGCGUACACUCCACUACCGUCACGACUCUGCCUAAUGGAACGUUUGAUCUGGACCAGCUGGACUCGAAGAUUCGUCAUGGUUACCCUGAUGCUCACUACCCCCGCUCCCGCCUGGUGUGUGUGGAAAACACACACAACAUUCUGGGUGGACGUGUGGUCCCACUCCCCUUCCUGCAGGAGCUGCGUUCUUUAGCAGAUCAGUAUGGACUUGCGUUGCACAUGGAUGGGGCUAGGCUGAUGAAUGCAGCAGCGGCGCUGGGUGUCCAUCCGUCUGUCAUACUGAAACACUGUCACUCUGUCAGUGUCUGUCUGUCUAAGGGACUGGGGGCGCCAGUGGGCACCAUGCUUGCUGGGUCCAAAGACUUCAUUCAGAGAGCAGUGCGUGCUCGGAAAGCACUGGGUGGUGGAAUGCGUCAGUCAGGCAUUUUGGCUGCAGCCGGUAAGAUUGCCCUGUCUGACAUGCCUGGUAGACUGGAUGAGGACCACAGGAAUGCCAGGAGCUUUGCUGAAGCUCUGACACAGUGCGACCCUCCUCUGUACCAGGUGGACUUGGCUGCCAUGGAAACGAACAUUGUUCGAUUCGGUCUGCACGACCCUGGGCCGAGUCCCACUGAGUUCUGUGAGCUGAUGGGAACUGUGAGUGAGGCGGAGGUGGAUGCUCUGGGUCAGGGAGUGAGUGUCCUGAUGUUUCCUCAUGUCGGAGGCACUGUGAGAGCUGUGUGGCAUCUUGGCAUUAGUGAGGAGGACACUCAGCUGGCCAUAAAGAAAGCACAAUUUGUGGCCCAUCAGCGCAGCUUAACAUCAGGAAGAGGCAGAUGAAGCCACAGGACACAUCUCUUCCACCUACUACACUCACUUAAACUAAUAACUACAAAUCUGACACCUCAGAAUCCUUGAUUUAGAUUGACCAAGGAUCUAUUUUUUUUAACUAUUACAGCCUUUUAUUCUAAUUUAGUGCCAGCACUAUUGCAGUAUCAUUAAGAUUUUGAAUAGAUUACUAUUUUUAUACUGAAUCUGAAAACAGUGACUCGUUUUUGCACUUUGCACAUUUUUUAAACAUACAACAAUGCUCAAACUUAGUGAUGCACCAAAAUAAAAUUAAACAUUUGGCCAAAGGCUGAAUACCAAAAGUUGUUUUUUUAUUAUAUUUUGAAGGUUUUUCACAACUGCAUAAAGUAAAUAAGCUAAGUGUAUUUUUGUAUUGCAUUAAAAAAGGCAACUACAAAACUACAAUUUUAAAUUAUUUAUUGUAUAAUGAACAUCCUAGCAGAUACAUAUAUACAUAUAUUUCACAGUAGUGGCUCCUUGCUACAAAAUUAUUCCACCACUGCUUCAGAUUUUUAUAAAAUGUCAUAAAAUCACAAUUACAAACACAGCAGGGGGCUUUUACUUUGAAACAAAGGAAGCAGACAAAGCUGGGCUGUAGCUUUUUAGCCCAGGUUGCAAAAAGUUGAGUUAAAACUGCAGUUCUAACAGACAGGUUCCCAAAUAUUCAGUGCCUCCUUACUCAAAACUGAUACUCCUAAGUUUCAUGUUCAGUAUACUGUACACAGACAGUACAGAUUUUCAGAAGGCAUGCACAUCUACACAUUUUAAAAGCAUUGCAGUAUAGUUAUCUGGUUAUUGUGCAUCAUAAAUAAAAGCUAAAAACACAUUAAGAGAUACAAGUAUAACAAAUACAAAUAACAAACAAAUAUAAUUUUCUUAUUGUUUGAGAUUUAAAACAAGUAAUUCCAAUAUAUGCCCAUUACAUCAAUCAGUUAAGAUACCAGAAGCAUGUAUUUGCAAAUAACAGAAAAAUAAUUCUAUCAGAUCUCUGAAUCUCCAGGCAUACAUGAUUAAGAGAUUUUCAACACACUUUAGAAAGCUUUCCUGUUUUUGGAGUAAUUGACUUUAUCACCAGGGCUUAUGUAAUAGUGUCCCAUAAGUGUGUAACACGCUCAUUAUAGAGACGGAUCGUCAUGACGACUAAAAUGAGAUUGCAUUUGCUGUGCUGCAACUCCAGAGGAGGCCAGAACUGUGUGUUAGUCACAGCACAUAACUCAGAUCCCUCAGAUCCUGAGGGCUCGUAUCUGCUUUACAACAUUGCAGUGAAUCUGAGUUAAUGAUAUUUUGUGUACAAAUAGCCCAUUGAAGUUAUUGGAUUGUAUAUUUGGUUUUAUUUCUAAUUUAUCCCCUGACAUAAACCUUGCAUUUGUGUUAACAUUGAUGGUCACAUCAAUAGUUGCCCAUGGCAACAACAUACCCUUUAAUUCUCAACACAUGUUAAUGUCAGUGCUCUAAAAAUAGCUUGUCACAAUUACUUCAUACAUGUUUAAAGCUCACCUGGUGUAUUAUAGCAAUGAGUACCCAGGUACAUAAUUAGCUCCUCAAUAGUGCUGGACUAUAUUUCUUAAUUAAGUUCAAUAUGAUAUAAUCCCGAUGUCUAUAUAAACAGUAUAAAGCCACCGACUGUAGCGUAUAGCUCGGCUUGAAUGCAGUGAAUUGAUGGCAGCUCCUGUAAUGAACAUCAGGUAGUGACAGAUUCUGUAAAUAAUGUGAACCUCGUUGUAUCCAAGGCCAGUUUUUUGAUAGUCUGAUGUUUCUUUAUUCGUCUAAAAAUAAAGAAUUUAUAAAAUAUCCUAUAGGUUACUAAGAAGUAAGUAUUAUCAAAAAUUAAAUAUUUGCCAAUAUUUUAAUUAAAAUUUACUUAUAAAAGUCCAAUUAACAUAAAAGUACCUACAUGCCCUUUAUUAUUUGUUGUCUUUUAAUUAAUACUAUCUGGCCUGAGGGCUCCUAUUAAAAAGCCUAGAAUAGUGGAUUAGCUGCAAUGCUAACUCUUUUCUGAACAGACUUGAAACUUGAUUUUUGAUAACAGAAUAAUGUCACUGUACUGGUUAGAUUGAGUAGGCCCUCUCACAGAGUAUGAAUUUAGACAUAAAAAAAAAAAAGUACGGUACGAUUUUGUGCAAUGGAACCUUCACAUAGAAUCUGAUGUUUUUCACCUUCUGUGCUCUGUAAAUGAGGCAAGACACUUCACAGCAUAAUAUCUCAAAUGUCCACUCUUUCAGUUCAUCCAUAUGCGUUCUGCUCCUUUUUCUGCACUUAAUUUCCUCUUCCACCCAAGUUCUCAUUAGCGAGGAAAGCUCUAGGUCAAGGUCCUUUGUGGAACAUGGACAGAAAAGGAUGCACCUAGACACAGUGUUGAACACCGUAUAAGCUUUUCUCUUUUUCUCUUAUCCAUAAAAAAAUGGACAUUGUAUAAUGUAUUCCAAGUAUAUUCCAAGAACUCACAUUUGUCAACUGAAGAAAGCAUUUUUUGUGUGUUAUAUAUUACUUAAACACAAAGCACGCAGUUACUGGAGAAGUGGCCUACAAUGAAUUGAAACUGAAGAGACUGAUGAAAUUCUUACCUAACUGGAUCACUGGAUCACUGUCACAAAAUCAAGAGGAUGUGUAACCAUGCAUUUAAAAAGAAAUUAUGUAUGUGACUUUUUAGAUUAUUGCUAGUAAAAAUUUAAUCCCAGUUGUCUUUAAAAAUUGAAACUAUUGAAAUUCAGUAUUAAGGAGAAAAUAGAAUGCAUUUCAAUUUGUUCUUUAAAGUAUAAAUAAUAUGUAUGUGAUUUGAUUGGAACAAAAAUUGCUCAGGUACAGGUUUACACCCCAACUUAAACCUUGUAAUUUCUUCACAAAUGUAUGGAACUGGUCUAUUUUUACAGCUCUGGUUUGGUUAUACAAAAUGUUUUUUUUUUUUUCCCAAUAAAAAGACAACGGUUUUUGAGGUUAA